AUGUUCGAUUUUGAUCUUCAAGAUCUCGCAAACCUUGCCGUGGAACACGCCCGCAGCAAGCUGGCCGGGGAGGAAGAGGAGGCCUUGGGCCAGGUCGAAACGGUGGCCUUUGGCCAGGUCGAAACGGUAGAGGCAGAGGCUGCAGAGGAGAGCCGGACGGCAGAUCACCUGAUGCCGAUGGAAUCAUCAGAGAAGAGAGCCAAGGUGUCUGGGCAAGGGGCUUGGAAAGUAUGGACGCCGGAGGCGUUGCUCCGAGCAGCAUUUGCUCAAACAUCAUCGGCGUUGCGCCAGGUCGCCAGCGAGAUAGAUGGAGCCAGUGCAGCUCAUGUUUUGCACGCGCGUAGUUUUGUGUCUGGCGUGCUUUUGAAGAAGCAAGAGGAAGGCCUCGUGCAAGAGCUAGGCAAAGCAAGGCAUUCUGCCCUGUCAGAGCCGAGCGACCCACCUAAGCUUUGGAUCUUAAAUCUGAUGUUUGACGAAACAGAGCUGGAUCUGAAGUUGAAAGAUGAAGGGCCUGGCGCCUGGUCAAUUCUAGCUUCCCAUUCUCAAUUGAGCGUUGGUUCGGCAGGAAAUAUGGUGGAACAUGACUUCAUUCGAGUGCCUCAGGCCCUGCCCCGCAAAACAACUUCCUGCAUGUGGGCAGCAUUGAACCUUGGAGCAGGGGGCCUUGGGCCAAGUAACAUUUGCUCCUUUGCCGAUUUUCCAUGUGUGUUGGUGACAUGCGACCAAGCCUCAGCAAACAUCAAGUUGUUGAAGCACUUGCAUUCGGUUUUGCCUGAGCAGUGUUUCUUUCUCCCUAUGUUGUGUGCGCAACAUAGAAACGGCAACGUGGUUGAGCGACUCACAAAGCUUUUCGGCAUUUUGCCAGGUUCCUACUGCGUGGCAAAGUGCACCAGUAAAGGCAAAGUGUUCAAGGAUCUGAGGGAAGCUGUCAAGGAACAGAUUGACAAGGAUUUGGUCGUCAUGUCAGAGGAGCCUCCCGGCCUGCAGGCCGAAUGGUCCAGCGCACGCAAGCAAGCAACGACAUUCUUGGAACUUAUGUUGCAAGGAUUGGCCGACGACAAACCUGAAGAACGUUCCGGAGUUUCGCAGCGGAUCCAGAAGUUCGUGGACUUUUUCCGCGGCCCCUGGACAGGUCCUGAUAUGUCUGCUGAGCAAGUGCGCCAGCACGUCGCCCUCAUCACGGAGCACCUCACAUGUGAUACAUACGGCGGCGUGGAGGCGAUCAAGUGGGCACGGAAUUGCUACAAUCAGAGGCACCCAGCGCAUGUCAUGCUGGACCUGUCCAAGGAGUUCGGUUCCAGACUGUGGCUAGGCGGAUCGAUAGCAGGCACCGAUACCAACUUGAUGAUUCACAAUCACAUUGGUGCGGUCUGGCCUGCGGCCAAGUCUGUCCAGCCGAAUGACACCGCGGCGAUCCGUGUCUUGAGGUACACAGAUGGGACUGGUGUUGUGCACGGCAGCCCGGACUUGGUAUCCGUACUGGAGACGGUCGACAAUGUGAUCACCAUGCUGUACAAUGGCGUGUCGGUCCUCAUUUGCUGCGUCAAUGGGGCGCACCGUUCUGCAACUUUGUGCUCGGUUCUGCUGAUGAACUAUGUGUCCACAUUGCGCAAUAUCGUGGACCUGAGCAGCAGAGCCCCGCCUACGGCCCAUCGGGUGAAUACGAUUCGCCCCAUCGAUUUUCUGAUCGAAAAUCAAGAGCAGAUCUGCCACGGCGGCCAAGUCGAGGGGGCCUCAGGCCUGGUCAAGGUCGGCAGCAAAGGCGAGAUCAUCCCGAGCACUCGCUAUGCCAACGCCUUGAUCACUCCAAUCCAGCUGCGACGACGAUGCUUCGACCUUGGUUUCGUGUCAAAAACCAAGAUGCCGAUGUUGCCGCCAGUCCCGCCAUUGGCAAAGCGCAGCUGCACCGCCACCGCAUUGAGAAGCAAGGCUCGGCCCGUGAAGCCCAGGGUCGAUGUCAAGAGCACUCGUCGCCAGAGCGGCACUGACACGGAUUCUUCGUAUAUCAACGUUCCGACAGAUGGUUCCUUAGAGGUGAAAAUUAGCAAGAAAGAAUGUUUCACGACAGACGACUCGAUGCCGCAGCCCAAGCGCAUCAGCGAGGAUUCGUCGGCCUCUGGCCAGGUCAGUGCCGAUGCCGAUGCCGAUGCCGAUGAUGAUGUGCAGCCAAUCUCAGACGAAUCCAUGGUGUCCGAGGAGGGUGAAGCCACAGCCACAGACUUUGAGAUAGUGGAGGCCGAUUUCAAUCCAGAGUCGCCUCCGGUGACGCCUCGUGCAAACUGGACUAGCGACGACUUUGAGCGCCUGGAGACAGUGAUGCGCGAUCUGGGGGACCUGAACCGCCAGCUUCUCUCUUUCAACAGCGAGAAAGUCGAGGAGGAUCGUCAGAGUCAGGUCUCGGCCUCCGGCCUGGUCGCUUCGGCUUCGGAGCAAGGACCUGCUGAAGCGGAUCACGAGGAAGCAGAUGCGGCACCGGGAGGCCCCAGCGGAGACACCAUGCCAGAGGACCCGGAUCAGGCCUUUGGCCAGGUUGCGGCAGAGGAGGAUCCGCCGGUUGAUGAUGAGGCCUCCUCGGAGGCGUCCCCUCAGAGCUUGGAGCCGAAAGAAAUCCAGAAAACGAUGGACGCUCUGAAAGCGCAGGGCGAUGGGGAGAUGCUCGCACGCAUAAUGGGACUUCUCGAAUCUCAAAAAGUCCAACAACAAGCGAUGCUGAGCAGGAUGCAAAGUCGACAAGAACGAGAAGACCGCAAGUCGACGGUUUUGACGUCGCUGUAUAACCGCGACAUGACCAGGCUUCGAGCCGAGUUGCAGGCGCUCAGCGUCUCGGAGCUGGUCACGAUCCGUGACGAGGAGGGGCUGACAGUCGCACAUCAUGCUGUGCGUUUGGGCCUUGGGCCGUGUCUGGAGUUCACUUUGAGGAAAGCUCCGACUCUUGCGGACGCGGUCACGAACCCUUCAGGUCGGCCAGCGAACUGGACGCCGAUGAUGGUGUUGGUCGAUGCACCACCAGGAUCUCUGGGAGGCUCCGACUACGCGUACGACAUGUUGAAGGUCUUGGUCAGUCACAUGAGUGUCACCGGUCUCCUGACCAGGUCUUCAACAGGUGCGACGGUGUUCCACAUUUCAGCCUCUCGUGGGAACGCUCGAGCGCUCAAGAAGCUUUUGUGGUCCCUGUACCACAAAUCUGGUGGCGACAAUCGCUCGGACUACGCCUUCAACGUGGUGACAUCAGUCGUCAACAGUCCCGGCUUGAAACGCGGGCAAGGGGUGGUCGAUGCCGCCCUCGCCAACAAUAUCCAAUUGGCGAUGUACUUGAAGCACAAUUGGGGUGGGGUCGAGCUCUUGAGAGCUGAUUGUUGCAAAGAUCGAGCCGACUCUGUUUGCAAAGCCUUCGGCUUGGUAGAAGAGCUUUUGCUCAAACCCGUCUUGGUGCCGGCCUUGAACAAAUGGACCAAGGCGCCAGACGAAGCAGAAGAAGAAGGCGCAGAUGUUGGGGCCCCACUCAACGAAACAAAGCUGUGGGCCCGAUUGGCCAAGCUACGUUUGGUGAAGGCUGGGGUCUUCCUACAGGAUAAGUCUUUCCAUUGGUCGACCGUCGUAUGGACCGUGUUGACUGCUCCAGUCAUGAAUAUCCAUUACGCAUUAUUCAAGCACGCCACAUGGUUGUCAGAUCGUGAUGUGGAGGGACCGGAAGCGGUGGAAGGGGAUUUCGACCUGGAUGUGUCUUUGACAGCUUCGUGUUUUUGCAAGGCAGCUGAAAAUCCGGCCAAGAAGGCGAUGGUGUGCCUCUCAAAGAUGCUUCGUGAUGUCAGCAGCAACGAGUGGGGUCCCGCCGUGCUGGCCUUUGGCCCGGUUCUGUCGUGGCCUCAGGCCAGGUUGCGCUUGCUUCGGCGGGGAUUUUUCACUGUGGUGGGUCAGCUCUGGAGGAAACUUCUAUUUCCUUGGACACAGUAUCCAUGGAAGCUAGCAUGUCUCAUCGACGGAGAAAUGAGCCCUUUGGAGAAGCAGCGUUGUGCUGAGGAUUUGUUUGCUCAGCCUUUGUGUUGUUUGGAUGGAUUUGCCAGGAAGCUUCGAGAGACGCAAAAGUCUCCGGACAAAUUGCUGGAGCCUGAUGUGCUGGAGUUUCUGCAAGCGGUGUUUGAACGGAUCGUUCCCACUUCGACAUAUAUUGAGCGCUUGUUUGCAAGACUCACAGAAUGGAGUGGAUCAUCGAAUCAGAAAGGGCCGAAGAGAAGACUGUCAGCUGUUGCAGCCAAGCACUGCGUGCACACAUAUGAGCACCUUGUCAAAAGGUGGAGGAAAAGGACUCUGAAGCAAAAGCCCACACUUCGCCACAAGCGGAGGCCUGACUGGAUGCAGGGCAGGCUGAAGGGCAAGGCGCGAAAUGGUUGGCAUGCCUUUAGUCAGGAUUGCUUCCGUCAGCAUCCUGAACUUUUGCGAUUGUCUCGCGAGGACCGGCAAGCAAGACUGUCUGCUGAGUGGGCCCAAGCCGACAAAAGGCGCUGGGCCGCUGUCGCACGCUCUCAGAACCUCCAGUCCAGGAAUGCAAUGGAUUCCAGCGAGGCAGCAGUUGCAGAGCAUGCCGAAAUUGUUGGAGGUCCUUGGAAUGUUGCUGCCGCAGAUGGGUUCCCUCUAGCGCGGCACAGUGUCGUUGCUCAGUGCAACAAGACCCAAACACUCGCAAAUGAAUUCCAUGAGAAGCAUAAUAUCUUGCAGCCGGAAGAGGCCGACAGCUUGUUGGGAGCCCCGCCUGAACCGUGGUCUCUGUUUCCCACAUGCACAAUCAAUGGCUGUGAGCAUUCAAUGCCAGAAGAGCAGCAAGAAUCCAUGCAGCGUUUGCGUACACUGUUUUGGCGUGCCGUGCUGCAAAAAGCCCCCGCCUCCAAAUCCACAGGGAAAGAGCCCUUGCUAUUGUCUUUCCAGUCUGCCAGGCGAGAUGCCACUUUAAGCUUGGUUGUUGCUUUUCACACUCUCCGUGCCCCGCUUCAGGCGGCAGUGCUUCUUCUCCAUCCCGUAGAAAUGCCUGAUCUUGCAGAACAGGGUGUUGUUGUGAGCCUGGAUUGUUUUUCGCAAAGUGGUCGCAGAGAGCUUCAGCUCGAAAGCGACAGUGUGGCUUUGGCAAGGCUUGCGCGCCAGGCCUCGGAUUGGAAAUUGAACGUGCUAGAUGUGGGGCCCGUGCGUCAGAUCAACAGGUUCGACAUCACAGCGUCCCAUCCCUUUGAUGACAAAGAUGGUGUUGAUGGGGCGGGCUUGCCAGUCCUUGUCGAUCCUGACACUGAGGCUGCCCUUGCUGCCUUCGAUGAAUUGAACCCAUCUUCCAAAAAAAGCCUCUCCAAGCGGCGUUUUGCGGCCUUUGGCCAGGUUGGGCACGCAGAGCCCUCAGGUGCAAAGAAACCAAAGAAAGAGACAGAGUCGAAAAAGCGAAAGUCCAAAGAGGAGAAAAAAAAGCCGAACAAAUAA